UUUCCCCACACAAGUAAUGGAGAGGGUCACCAAAAACAAUGAUCCAAGUCGUUGAAGCGUUUAAAGUCAAGGGCACCAGUUUCCCAGAAGGACCAAGAACAAACAAUUUCUUGCUUUUUUCAAUGACGAAGAGCUUUUAAUUGGUGAACAAGCCAUCUGCCCCAGUGCCAUGUCCCCUUUUCCACAGGCAGAAAACUUUGAACUUAUUUCAAACAUAUAUAUAUAUAUAUAUAUAUAUAUAUAUAUAUCCCUCCAUCAUUUUCAAAACUUGUACCUUUCCUCACAAAACAACACAGCCUCACAUUAAGCAAACAGUGAUGGCUGCUUCAUCAAGAAUCUGCCCCAAUGGCCUCAAACUUGCCAUCACUGUGGCUUUCAUUUUGUCCAUUGCAAUAUUUCUGAUUCCAUCAGGUUUUGCAGAUGGGGCAGUAAACUCAGGCGGGUUGCGGCAAAGUAAAAUGGUGUUGGGGUCAAAGCCUCCCGGUUGUGUGAACAAGUGCUUGAGUUGCAGGCCUUGCAUGGCUACUCCAGUCAUUCCUUCGCACAAAUGGAAGAACAGCUUCAAAAAGGCGACGUAUCGUGGUGAUGAAGAAGAUAACUAUUAUCUCCUGGCGUGGAAUGCAAAUGUGGGGAUAAGUUCUUUCAACCUUGAUCGCAUGGCCACGACACACAGCUCUUUCAAAUCCAUAGAGCAUCCCCAUAAUCAUCACUGA